AUGUCCACAGCAAGCACUGCGACAACAGGCAACGAGUCGCCCAUGGAGGACGACGCCUCCCGUCGCGCAAAUCAGCUGUUGGAGCGUCGCCAGCAUCUCACCGAUGCUCUAGCCGGCCUUCCUUACGACUUGAUCCUCUACCUGGAGCGGGCCGUUGUUCACUCAGAGUUGGCCUACCCCGAUCUCGCUGCGGGUGACGCCUACCGGGCCCUGCUCCUGACUGACGAGGUCCUCAAUGAGGGCUUUGAGUAUCACGAGCAAGCCGUCGAAAGUCUCCAGUCACGUCCUCUGGACCCUUUGCCCCUUGUCCUCGACCAUGGGCACUUACUAAACAUCGGAAGCGACUAUGUGGACGAUGAGCCCAAGGACCAGGCUGGUCUGGUUGCACACGUGGCCAAGCUCUCUUCCGUGCGCGCUUUCCAAAUUCUGGCACUCAGCCUUCUACUGUGCGGAUGCCUCAAGAGCGCCUACGAUUUCUGCGAGCGGGGUCUGACGCUUGCUCCCGACAACGACGAGCUGCUCCAGACGAUGGGAUACAUCAAGGACAUGGCUCGCCGUAGGCUUCGCAGGAAAGACUUCAACCCCAACGUCCUCCCGGAAUGGGGACUCGUCCGGAGAGAAGUCUACCCCUGGAACUCGUACGAGCCCGACCGCUUUGCGCCCGAGUCUCUCGACUUCCUCAACACCGAGCUAUCCAAGUUCGCGCCCAAAUGCGCGGUCCAGGUGUCCCAGCUCCCUGUCUUGUUGGAGGGAGCUAGCGAAACGGACGACUACGAGAUCAUACCGACCUGCAACCAGCUGGGCCUCUUCGCCAAAGAAGAUAUUGCGCCGGGGGAAACCGUCUUGGACGAGUACUCGCUCUUGACCGCCAACAACCGCCUCAAGGAGCCGGUCUGCGACGCGUGCAGCGCCGACUUGCCGCCGUUGGGCAGCGAGCCGGCCGCCGUCAACUGCGAGGAAUGCUACGACACAGUCUUUUGCAGCCAAAACUGCCACGAUCUGGCGCAAGAGACCUACCAUCCUGCUGUCUGCGAAAAGGAUGUCGAUGCCAUCGCCAAGGAUCCCGACGCGUCGGAGGCGGACGAGACCUUGCACCUGCUACUACUCGCCCGCGUCCUGGCUAUGUCCAACCACCAAGGCAUACAUCCGCUGGACGUGACACAGAUCAAGUACAUAUGGGGCGAUUUUGUGCCGUCGGCGUCCAACGACAUUGAGAUAUCACCGUUUGCAAACCCGCCGCCCGAAUGGACGUUGCCUUUCUCGUUCAAAUACAACAUCGAGACGCCUUUCCACAUCCUCGAGAAGAUGGAUGUUGACAUUUACGCCACUCUCAACGAACACGACUUAUGGGUCCUAAACACGCUCUACAGCAAGUUCCGCGGCACGGCGUCGGCACGCAAGAACCCUCGAGACGGUCGGCCGGACGUUGCGGCGGUACAUCCUUUCUGGUGCCUGGCCAAUCACGACUGCAACCCGAACGUUACAUGGGAGUGGGGUGGUCGCAUGGUGCUCUGGGCCCGGAAAGAAAAGAUCGUGGGCAACGUACCGGGCGGCCUCAAGGCCGGAGACGAGGUGCUGAACCACUACUGCGACGUCACGCUCCCGGUUGAGCAGCGCAGGGAAUGGGCCAAGGGAAGUCUCGGUGGAUGGUGCAUGUGCCAAAGAUGUCGAGACGAGGCCGCCGCCGCCGAACAGGCCGCUACCGACGACCAGACUGCCUAG